UUUGUCAAAGCCAGUACCUCUCCUAUAUUUUCCAUCCACGACCCACCUGGCCACGUCCUUCCUAGCUCUAACCUUACUUCAUUCUUCGAUGAUCUAUAAUAUAGAUUAAUCGCGUCAUAUUUAUAAUUCCAAGCAAGAAAAUUAAGAAAUUUAAUUUUAUAGAUCAGAACAAGUAUAUAGCUAGAUAUCUGAUCAACACUAGCUUGAUGGGUGAAAUUAUGGAGAGCACGGAUUCAUCGUCGGGGUUGCAACACCCUCAGCUUCCGCCGGGCUUCCGAUUCCACCCUACCGAUGAAGAGCUUGUCGUCCACUAUCUCAAAAGGAAGGCUGCCUCGGCUCCACUUCCAGUUACCAUCAUAGCAGAGGUCGAUUUAUACAAGUUUGAUCCAUGGGAGCUCCCAAGUAAGGCUACGUUUGGAGAACAGGAGUGGUAUUUUUUCAGUCCAAGAGACCGGAAAUAUCCGAACGGAGCGAGGCCGAAUAGGGCAGCCACGUCCGGGUAUUGGAAAGCAACGGGGACCGACAAGCCUAUACUAACAUCUAAUGGAAAUCAGAAGGUUGGGGUUAAGAAGGCGCUUGUCUUCUACGGUGGGAAGCCCCCUAAAGGGAUUAAAACCAAUUGGAUCAUGCACGAGUACCGCCUCGUUGACAAUCAUAACACUUCUAGUUCCAAGCCUCCCGGUGCUGAUCAUGCCGCAAACAAGAAAGGUUCUUUGAGGCUUGAUGACUGGGUUUUGUGUCGGAUUUAUAAGAAAAACAACACUCAGAGGCCGAUUAUGGAUCAGGACAAGGAGGAUUCAGUGGAGGCCAUAAUUCCUCUGUUGGCUGCGCAGCAGAAUCCAAAACCCUUGCCCUCAAAGACUACUGCAAACUACGACGCAGCACUUGAAAACGAUGAUCAGAACUAUUUCGAUGGAAUAUUAACAGGCGCAGAAGGCUUGCAAAACAGCUCCAUUUCUCAUCUAGCCUCUUCUAGCUCGAAAAGUACACUAGCGGGGAAACGCACGCUUCCAACAGAUAACUUUUGGAAUGGAACAGGGUCGAUGGGGUCUAGCUCAGGCAAGCGAUUCCAAGGUGAUCUUAACAGUGGAAGCGUGGGAUUGGAUGAAAACAACAGUUCCUUUGUUUCUCUUCUAAAUCAGCUGCCUCAGGGCACUGCGCAGUUUCAUCCAAACGCCUUUCUUGGGUCCCUUGGAGACGGGGUUUUGAGGCACCAAUUUCAACUUCCAAGCAUGAACUGGAACUCGUAGUACAGAGUAUUAAUGGGGGUUGUUCAUCAUAAACAUGCAUAUCUAUCGAUCCAUAUAUGAUAUUGCUCUUAAUAGGAGUGUGAUCAUAGUAAAAAAGUGCUCCGUUCGAAGACUUCUUCGCGACAAUAUAGAUCACCAGAAGAUUGUUUGUCGGAGAUCAUCAGUACUCGAGAUUGGAAACAGACUGAUUCAUAUUAAUUGGUUGAGUUAAUUUC